AACGCUUUGUAGUAGGCGCGCAGAGAAGAGAAGUGUGUUUAUUUUUCCGAGUCCGCUGCAAGUUUGGCUGCAUUUCAGCCCAAAAAAUUGCAGCGGAACUUCUGAAAAUAGUCAUAUUUAUUUAUUAUUGUUGUUGCUAUCGAGUCUAAAUGCGUUUCGGUGCAGUUUCGGUGGAGCUAAUGACGUUUAAUAUUUGAAUAUACAGUAUAUAAGCUGUGCUAGUGGCGGUGUUAGCAUUUAGCUAACUGGCAAGCUAAGCUAGCAAGGGAGCUAGAAAUACGUUACUUUUUGCGUUUUUUCCUUUAAAUUUCUGUGAUUAAGUUGCAUUUCAGUAAAAUAAAAUGGGUUAUUUAAAGUUAAUCGAGAUAGAAAAUUUCAAAUCGUACAAAGGAAGGCAGAUAAUCGGGCCUUUCCGUAAGUUUACUGCGAUUAUUGGACCCAAUGGAUCAGGGAAGUCGAACCUCAUGGACGCCAUCAGCUUCGUGCUGGCGGAGAAAACCAGCAACCUGCGCGUGAAAACGCUGAAAGAUCUGAUUCACGGCGCUCCGGUGGGGAAACCGGCGGCUAAUCGGGCCUACGUUAGCAUGGUGUACCAGGAGGACAACGACGAAGAGCGCUCCUUCACCAGAGUCAUCAUCGGAUCCUCGUCGGAGUAUCGCAUUAAUAAUAAAGUAGUGGGAUUGCCGGAGUACAGCGAGGAGCUGGAGAAACUCGGCAUUCUCAUCAAGGCCAGGAACUUCCUGGUCUUUCAGGGUGCAGUGGAGUCCAUCGCCAUGAAGAACCCUAAGGAGCGCACAGCUCUGUUCGAGGAGAUCUCUCGCUCCGGUGAGCUGGCUCAGGAGUACGACCGGCGCAAGAAGGAGAUGGUGAAGGCUGAGGAGGACACGCAGUUCAACUACCACCGCAAGAAGAACAUCGCUGCUGAGCGCAAAGAGGCCAAGCAGGAGAAAGAAGAGGCCGAGCGCUAUCAGAGGCUGAAGGACGAAGUCGUGCGUGCGAACGUCCAGCUCCAGCUCUUCAAGCUCUACCACAACGAGUGUGAGAUAGAGAAACUGAACCGCGAGCUGGCGCAGCGCAACAAAGAGAUCGACAAAGACCGCAAGCGCAUGGACCGCGUGGAGGAGGAGCUGAAGGAGAAGAAGAAGGAGCUCGGCAGGAUGAUGAGAGAUCAGCAGACCGUGGAGAAAGAGAUCAAAGAGAAGGACGCAGAGCUAAACCAGAAAAGGCCGCAGUACAUCAAAGCGAAAGAAAACACGGCUCACAAGAUCAAGAAGCUGGAGGCCGCGCGGAAAUCCCUGCAGAACGCGCAGAAGUGCUACAAGAAGCGCAAGGCGGAUAUGGACGAGCUGGAGCGCGAGCAGAGAGCCGUGGAGACGGCCAGGCAGGAGUUCGAGGAGCGCAUGGAGGAGGAGGCGCAGAGCCAGGGCCAGGACCUGCAGCUCGAAGAGAACCAGGUUAAAGCGUAUCACCGUCUGAAAGAAGAGGCGAGCAAACGAGCCGCUACUCUGGCCCAGGAGCUGGAGAAGUUUAACCGCGAUCAGAAAGCUGACCAGGAUCGUCUAGACCUGGAGGAGAGGAAGAAAGUGGAGACGGAGGCUAAGAUCAAGCAGAAGAUCAGAGAGAUUGAGGAGAACCAGAAGCGUAUUGAGAAGCUCGAGGAUUACAUCACGACCAGCAGACAGUCUCUGGAUGAACAGAAGAGGAUGGAGGAGGAGCUCACAGAGGAGGUGGAGCAAGCCAAGAGGAGGAUUGAUGAGAUUAAUAUGGAGCUUAACCAGGUGAUGGAGCAGCUCGGUGACGCUCGUAUAGACCGACAGGAGAACAGCAGACAGCAGCGCAAAGCCGAGAUCAUGGAGAGCAUCAAGAGACUCUAUCCCGGAUCAGUGUACGGAAGGCUCAUUGACCUGUGCCAGCCCACUCAGAAAAAGUACCAGAUCGCCGUAACCAAAGUGCUGGGCAAAAACAUGGACGCCAUCAUCGUGGACUCGGAGAAGACCGGCCGUGACUGCAUCCAGUACAUUAAAGAGCAGAGAGGAGAACCGGAAACCUUCUUACCUCUGGACUAUCUCGAGGUCAAACCCACGGAUGAGAAGCUGCGUGAGCUGCGCGGUGCCAAGCUGGUGAUCGACGUCAUUCGCUACGAGCCUCCGCAGAUCAAGAAAGCUCUGCAGUACGCCUGCGGGAACGCGCUGGUGUGUGAGAACGUAGAGGACGCCCGCAGGAUCGCUUUCGGAGGACCGUACAGGCACAAGACCGUGGCUCUAGACGGAACUCUGUUCCAGAAGUCAGGUGUGAUCUCCGGAGGUGCCAGCGACCUGAAGGCCAAAGCUCGCCGCUGGGACGAAAAAGCCGUGGACAAGCUGAAGGACAGGAAAGAAAAACUCACCGAUGAGCUCAAGGAACAAAUGAAGGCGAAAAGAAAGGAGGCGGAGCUUCGUCAGGUGCAGUCUCAGGCUCACGGGCUGCAGAUGAGGCUGAAGUAUUCUCAGAGUGACCUCGAGCAGACCAAAACUCGCCAUCUGUCCUUAAAUAUGCAGGAAAAAUCCAAGCUAGAGAGCGAGCUGGCCAACUUUGGGCCCCGUAUCAACGACAUCAAGAGGAUCAUCCAAUCACGCGAGAGAGACAUGAAGGAGCUCAAAGACCGCAUGAACUUGGUGGAGGACGAAGUGUUCUUUGAGUUCUGCAAGGAGAUCGGAGUGAGGAACAUUCGCGAGUUUGAAGAGGAGAAAGUGAAAAGGCAGAAUGAGAUCGCAAAGAAGCGCUUGGAGUUUGAGACCCAGAAGACUCGCCUGGCGAUCCAGCUGGAUUAUGAGAAGAACCAGCUGAAGGAGGACCAGGAGAAGGUCAUCAUGUGGGAGCAGACGGUGAAGAAGGACGAGAGCGAGAUCGAAAGACUAAAGAAGGAAGAGCAGAGGCACAUGAAGAUCAUCGAUGAGACCAUGGCUCAGCUUCAGGACCUGAAGAAUCAGCACCUCACCAAGAAGUCGGAGGUCAACGACAAAAACCACGAAAUGGAAGAAAUUCGUAAGAAACUCGGUGGAGCCAACAAAGAGCUGACACAGCUUCAGAAGGAGGUCACGGCCAUUGAGACGAAGCUGGAGCAGAAGCGCAGUGACAGACACAACCUGCUGCAGGCCUGUAAAAUGCAGGACAUCAAACUUCCUCUCAGAUCAGGAACCAUGGACGACAUCAGCCAGGAGGAGGGAAGCUCCCAGGAAGAAAGUCUGAGCAGCAGCCAGAAAACGUCCAGCACCGUUUUAGCCAAAGAGGCUCUCAUUGAGAUCGACUACAGCAGCCUGUCUGAAGACCUGAAGGACUCGCUGUCGGAGGAGGAGAUUAAAGGUGAGAUGAACACCCUUCAGCAGAGGCUGAACGAGCAGCAGAGCAUCCUCCAGAGGAUCAGCGCCCCCAACAUGAAGGCCAUGGAGAAGCUGGAGAGCGUCCGAGACAAAUUCCAGGAGACGAGUGACGAAUUCGAAGCCGCUAGGAAGAGGGCAAAGAAAGCCAAGCAAGCGUUCGAGCAGAUCAAGAAGGAGAGGUUCGAUCGCUUCAACGCCUGCUUCGAGUCCGUCGCCACCAACAUCGAUGAGAUCUACAAAGCGCUCUCACGCAACAGCAGCGCUCAGGCUUUUCUCGGACCGGAGAACCCGGAGGAGCCGUACCUGGAUGGGAUCAACUAUAACUGCGUGGCUCCUGGUAAACGUUUCAGACCCAUGGAUAAUUUAUCAGGAGGAGAGAAGACUGUAGCUGCUCUCGCUUUACUCUUCGCCAUCCACAGCUAUAAACCUGCUCCUUUCUUUGUGCUUGAUGAAAUCGACGCGGCUCUGGACAACACCAACAUUGGCAAGGUUGCUAACUACAUUAAAGACCAGUCCAUCCAGAACUUCCAAGCCAUCGUCAUCUCGCUGAAGGAGGAGUUUUACACCAAGGCCGACUCGCUGAUCGGCGUGUAUCCCGAGCAAGGAGACUGCGUUAUCAGUAAGGUCCUGACCUUUGACCUCUCCCAGUAUCCAGACGCAAACCCAAACCCUAACGAGUAAAGCAGCUCACACAUUCCCAAACACAGCCGGUUUUAAAUUUCAUCUCAGCUCAUUGUGUUGAAAUGUAUUUUUUUUUUUUCUUUUUCUUGUCAUUUAUUCCUCUUAUAUAGUCGUAUAAACUUUUCUUGAUAUUUCGGAUGUAGUUACAGUCAUUUUAGAUUUUUGGGUUUGUUUUUUUUUUUUUUUUUUUUUUAGAUUUUAACUAUUUAACAGUAAUCAUGUUGAGAAUUUCAUUGCGCUUUUUUGCCAUUUUAUCAAUGUACAUCUUUAAUGAUGAUCAUUUUGAUGGAUUUGUAUUAAAUUAGCGAUCUUCAGCAUCACAUAUGACUUUUUUUUUGUACGAUCAUGUUUUUCAGUAUGAAAUAAAACCUCUGGGCUUCAGAAUUGUUUUAGACGUGCUUUAUAGCUUAUCAUGGAUUUUCUUCUGUACCCAAGUUGGUGUUUCUUGUUAAGUGUAAAAUUAUUGUUUGUUUUUUUCUUUGACAAUAAACUGUUUAAUAAACCA